GGCUGGGCCCUUGAGUGCUCUCCCUUCACUGGAAAAACAAACCCUAAGGCAGGCUGCUAUACUCUUUCACACACUGCUGAAAAAAUGCCGGCAGACUACAAUGGGAGCUGGGAGAUGGUGAAAAAUGAGAACUUCGAGGAUGUCAUGAAGGCUCUUGACAUUGACUUCGCCACCAGGAAGAUCGCUGUCCACCUGCACCAGACUAAAGUGAUCGUGCAGAACGGGGACAAAUUUGAAACCAAGACCCUGAGUACCUUCAGAAACUACGAGGUCAACUUCACCGUGGGGGAGGAGUUCGAGGAGUACACAAAGGGCCUGGACAACAGGACUGUAAAGAGCCUGGUUACCUGGGAUGGAGACAAGCUGGUCUGUGUCCAGAAGGGGGAGAAAGAAAACCGUGGCUGGAAGCAGUGGAUUGAAGGAGACCUGCUGCACCUGGAAAUCACGGCCCUCGACAAAGUCUGCCACCAAGUGUUCAAGAAAAAAGUGUAAAAUGUGGA